UGGGGCGGAGCUCUCCGUUUUCAUUUUCCCGACAAAAUCCAGCCCAGCCGUACAGUACGGACGAGGGGUUAUUUGAAGGGGGGAAAAAAAACCAACAGGGCUUGGGAAGGAAGUCCCUGUGAAGAAAGGCAUCUCCGUUCCGAUGGACACAUUUCUCCUUUGACACGCAACUCUUCCAAGAGGAGAUUCGAAUAUGGGAACGUUGAAUUUUCUGUGGUUAAUCACAAAGAAGGCCGUAACAGGUGCACUAAUAGGCCUCACAAUUUCAGACCGGUAUGCCAGUGUUGUUCCUGUGCGGGGCAUCUCCAUGCAUCCUACAUUCAAUCCGAACAGCAAUACCUUUUCUGGGUCAUUCACAGGUGACCUUGUUCUGGUGGAUAAAUUUUGCCUUACAAAAUACAAGUUUACACAUGGAGAUGUGGUAGUCUUUAGGUCCCCUAAGAACCACAAGGAGACGUUGGUGAAGAGAUUAAUUGCCAUACCAGGUGACUGGAUCAGAAUCCCCGAAUCAUAUGAGAUACUGAAGAUCCCUGAAGGGCAUUGCUGGGUCGAGGGUGACAACUCAGCUUUUAGCAUGGAUUCAAGAUCUUUUGGCCCGAUUCCUUUGGCUUUAGUUCAAGGGAGGGUGACCCAUGUAAUCUGGCCGCCACAGAGGAUUGGAGAAGUGGAGAGAAAAUUUCCAACAGGGAGAAUUUCAUCCCAUUGAUUCAUUUCAUUCACAGAUUUUCCAUACCCAUGGCAAACCCUUUCUUUAAUCGGGGUUGUGUCAUUGUUGAGUCUAAUCAGUGAUCUUUGAUAGAAAUGGCAGGCAAUAUUUGAAUUAUUUCACUUUGAGAAAUGUAUGUUCUAAAUAUUCUUUCUAUUUGAAAAUUUUGCAAUCUGUUAUCACAUUGAGAAA